AUGAAGAUAAUCAUAUAUUUUUGCAUUUGGGCAGCAGCAUGGGCCAUUCCAGUUCCUCAAAUCAAGCCAUUGGAGAGAUAUGCUGUUGGCAAAUCUGUGAAUUCAAAUCUUCCAGUAAAAUCAAAAGUGCCAAUGCAGGAUGAGUUAAAUGCUAAAGAUACUACCAAAGAGAGUGGUGUCCUCAUGCAUAAAAAUGAAAUGGGAAGGCAUCAGUAUGCCAAAGAUGGCUACAAAGCAGAGAGAAAUGGCUCUGAGUGGGCAGAAGUAGGAGGAAGAAGUUCUUCUACACAUUCCAUGUUAGUAAAUGAAGAGGGGAAUCAUAAAGAUCAGAACGGGGGCACAGGAAAACCAGAAACAUAUGGUCAUGAUGGGAUACAUGGAAAAGAAGAGAGUACCACAUCCAAUGAUAUUAGGGGACAAGUAAGCACUAUUGACAAUACUGGAGCAGCAAAGAGGAGCAAUAUUCAUAGAAAUGCUGAUGAGAAUUUGAAAAGUGGGGAUGUUGGAGAUGCAAGUCAGAGUGAGAAUGGCACUGUUGUUAAAGAAGAUGAACAUCAAGUAUCUGGAAGCAGUAAUAGUACAGGCUGGGAGGGUGGAGCAGAUGGGAAUUCCUGUAGAAAUGAGAGUGAAACAAGUGAAAUAACACCUCAGAAAGAAGGUGAGAGAAACGGUCAUGAGGAGGCAGCCAUAACACCGGGGGCUUGCGAUAGAGAAGACGCUGGCCUAGAUAAUUCUGAUGGGAGCCCUAGCGGGGAUGGAGCAGAUGAGGGUGAAGACGGGGGCUCUGGUGAUCAUGAAGAUGAAGAAACAGGAAAUGGAAAAGAGGGCACUGAUAACAGCAAGGGCCAGGAGGGUCAGAGUCAUGUAAAAGAAGAUGACAAUGAUACUAGCUUAGGCCAAAAUUCAGUUAGUGGUGAAGACAGCCCUGAGGACAAAGAAGAUCCCCAUGAUGUGGAUGGAGACGAUGUCUCCAAGAGUGAGGAGGAUUCUGAUGGUAUUCCAGAAGAAAAUGAUAGCCCCCAAAUAGAGGACAUCCAAAAACCCAGUCUCAGAGAAAAUAAUAGUGUGGAUAAUGGAAUUACCCAAGAAUCAAAGCCAAGUACUAACGAGAAGAGCCAAGAUAAGGGAACAGAAAUAGAAGGUCCCAGCGGUGGCAACAGAAACAAUAUUACCAAAGAAGCUGGGAAAGUCGAUGGUGAUAAAGAGAGUAAAGGACAACAUGGAGUGAUUAUGGGCAACAGAAGGACACAAGGAGAGGCUGACAACAUGCAAGAACCUGGUCAGAAAACAGAACCUGGAAAUCAGGUUGAACACGGCCAAACAGAUAGUGACAGUAACAGUGAUGGAUAUGACAGUUAUGAGCUUGACCGUGAAUCCAUGCAAGGAGAUGAUCCCAACAGCAGCGACGAGUCUAAUGGCAAUGAUGAUGCCAAUUCUGAAGGAGACAACAGCGCAGAAGCCGAGGAGAUGCAUCUUNACAGCAGUAGCCGAGGAGAUGCAUCUUAUAACUCUGAUGAAUCAAGAGAUAAUGACAAUGACAAUGACUCGGAAGGAGAAGAUGAGGACGGUGACAGCACAUCAGAUGCUAAUGAUAGUGACAGUAAUGGCAAUGGCGACAACGGGAGUGAUGAUAGCAUAUCAGACACAAGCAAACAUAAGUCAGACAGCAGUGGUAGUAGUGACAGUAGUGACAGCAGUGACAGCAGUGACAGUAGUGACAGCAGUGACAGCAGUGACAGUAGUGACAGUAGUGACAGCAGCGACAGUAGUGACAGUAGUGACAGCAGUGACAGUAGUGAUAGCAGUGACAGCAGUGACAGCAGUGAUAGUGACAGCAAAUCAGAUAGUGACAGCAGUGACAGCAGUGACAGUAGUGACAGUAGUGACAGUAGCGACAGCAGCGACAGCAGCGACAGCAGUGACAGCAAAUCAGAUAGUGACAGCAGUGACAGUAGUGACAGCAGUGACAGCAGUGACAGUAGUGAUAGUGACAGCAAAUCAGAUAGUGACAGCAGUGACAGUAGUGACAGCAGUGACAGCAGUGACAGUAGUGAUAGUGACAGCAAAUCAGAUAGCGACAGCAGUGACAGUAGUGACAGCAGUGACAGCAGUGACAGUAGUGAUAGUGACAGCAAAUCAGAUAGCGACAGCAGUGACAGUAGUGACAGCAGUGACAGCAGUGACAGUAGUGAUAGUGACAGCAAAUCAGAUAGCGACAGCAGUGACAGUAGUGACAGCAGUGACAGCAGUGACAGUAGUGAUAGUGACAGCAAAUCAGAUAGCGACAGCAGUGACAGUAGUGACAGCAGUGACAGCAGUGACAGUAGUGAUAGUGACAGCAAAUCAGAUAGCGACAGCAGUGACAGUAGUGACAGCAGUGACAGCAGUGACAGUAGUGAUAGUGACAGCAAAUCAGAUAGCGACAGCAGUGACAGUAGUGACAGCAGUGACAGCAGUGACAGUAGUGAUAGUGACAGCAAAUCAGAUAGCGACAGCAGUGACAGUAGUGACAGCAGUGACAGCAGUGACAGUAGUGAUAGUGACAGCAAAUCAGAUAGCGACAGCAGUGACAGUAGUGACAGCAGUGACAGCAGUGACAGCAGUGACAGCAGUGACAGCAGUGAUAGUGACAGCAAAUCAGAUAGUGACAGUGACAAUAGUGACAGCAGUGACAGCAGUGACAGCAGUGACAGCAGUGAUAGUGACAGCAAAUCAGAUAGUGACAGUGACAGUAGUGACAGCAGUGACAGCAGUGACAGCAGUGACAGUAGUGACAGCAGUGACAGCAGUGAUAGCAGCGACAGCAGUGAUAGUAGUGAUAGCAAAUCAGAUAGUGACAGCAGUGACAGCAGCGACAGCAGUGACAGCAGUGACAGCAGCGACAGCAGCGACAGCAGUGACAGUGACAGCAGCGACAGUGACAGUGACAGCAGCGACAGCAGUGACAGCAGUGACAGCAGCGACAGCAGCGACAGCAGUGACAGUGACAGCAGCGACAGUGACAGUGACAGCAGUGAAAGCAGUGACAGCAGUGACAGCAGCGACAGCAGCGACAGCAGUGACAGUGACAGCAGCGACAGUGACAGUGACAGCAGUGAAAGCAGUGACAGUGCAUCUGACAGUAGUGAUGAGAGUGACAGCAAGAGCAAGUCUCGUAAUGGCAACAACAAUGGAAGUGAUAGUGACAGUGAUAGUGACAGCGAAGGCAGUGACAGUAAUCACUCAACCAGUGAUGAUUAG